AUGCCUUUCUCCUUCAUAGAUUUAAGACCCAUGAACAAGUCAGCAAUGUAUGUUAUGACUGAGUUUGUUCUCCUUGGAUUCCCUGGUUGCUGGGAGAUACAAAUUUUCCUCUUCUCAUUGUUUUUGGCAAUUUAUAUCUUGACCUUGCUGGGAAAUGGAGCCAUUAUCUGUGCAGUGAGAUGGGACCCACGACUACACACCCCCAUGUACUUUUUGCUUGGAAACUUUGCCUUCCUUGAGAUCUGCUAUGUUUCCUCCACUGUUCCUAACAUGCUAAUCAACAUUCUCUCCAAAACCAAGGCCAUCUCAUUUUCUGGUUGCUUCCUCCAGUUCUAUUUCUUCUCUUCCCUCGGCACAACAGAAUGUUUCUUGCUGGCAAUAAUGGCAUACGAUCGGUACCUGGCCAUCUGCCACCCGCUGCACUACCCUACCGUCAUGACUGGGAAGUUCUGUGGAAUGCUGGUGUCUCUAUGCUGGCUCUUUGGAUUCCUUGGCUACCCAAUCCCCAUUUUCUUCAUCUCCCAACUCCCCUUCUGUGCAUCCAAUAUCAUCGAUCACUUCCUGUGUGACAUGGACCCACUGAUGGCUCUGUCCUGUGGUCCAGCCUCCAUUACUGAAUUUAUUUUCAAUAUUCAGAGCUCCCUUGUCCUUUUUCUGACUAUUAUAUAUAUUCUUCGAUCCUACAUUUUGUUGCUCAGAGCUGUUUUUCAGGUCCCUUCUGCAGCUGGCAGGAAAAAGGCCAUUUCCACCUGUGGUUCUCACUUAGCUGUGGUAUCUCUUUUCUAUGGGACAGUCAUGGUAAUGUAUGUGAGCCCUACAUAUGGCAUGCCAACUUUGAUGCAGAAGAUCCUCACAUUGGUAUAUUCAAUAAUGACUCCUCUCUUUAAUCCCCUGAUCUAUAGUCUUCGUAAUAAGGACAUGAAACUUGCUCUGAGAAAUGUCCUGAUCAGCAUGAGAAUUAGUCAUAAUUCAUGA